CAUAUUAAAUGAUUGGGCGGAGGUAACCAUAACAACUUGAAAGUCGUUAGUUGCUUCCUUUAAAUAACCACUUUUUUUUUUUUAAUUCCUUCUCUCUCUCACACACCCAAACACACACACACACAUCAACCAACCGAUUUGAGUUCGAACAUUAACAAUGGCGGAUCUCCCAAACUUCCUGUUAUCAGUGAAACUGAAAUACGUGAAAUUAGGUUACCAUUACCUGAUCUCACAUUUCAUGUACCUCCUCUUAAUCCCACUCCUCGCAGUCGUCUCCGUUCAUCUCUCAACCCUCACAUCACAAGAUCUCAUCAACCUAUGGCACCACCUCCGCUUCAAUUUACUCACCGUCAUCAUAUGCUCAACGCUCAUCGUGUUUCUCGCCACACUCUACUUCAUGAGCCGCCCAAACAAGGUUUAUUUGGUCGAUUUCGCCUGUUACAAACCGAACGAUUCCAACACCGUCAGUCGCGAAACAUUCAUGCAGCAUUCGGGUCUGGCAGGUACGUUUAACGACGAGAAUUUGGCGUUUCAGAAGAAGAUUCUGGAACGAUCUGGAUUAGGUCAGAAGACGUAUUUUCCUGAUGCGGUGUUGCAGGUUCCACCGAAUCCGUGUAUGGCCGAGGCUCGGAAGGAGGCGGAGAUGGUGAUGUUCGGUGCGAUUGAUGACUUGUUGAGGAAAACCGGAGUGAAGGCCAAGGAUAUCGGUGUUUUGAUCGUGAAUUGUAGCUUGUUUUGCCCUACACCUUCUUUGAGUUCUAUGGUUGUGAAUCAUUACAAGCUUAGAGGUAACAUUUUGAGCUAUAAUCUUGGAGGGAUGGGUUGCAGUGCUGGAUUGAUCUCUAUUGAUCUUGCCAAACAACUUUUACAGGUGAACCCAAAUUCAUAUGCUUUGGUGGUUAGCAUGGAAAACAUAACAUUGAACUGGUACUUUGGGAACAAUCGAUCUAUGCUCUUGUCAAACUGUCUUUUCCGUAUGGGCGGUGCUGCGAUUCUCUUGUCUAACAGGUCGAGUGACCGUCGACGCUCAAAGUAUCAACUAGUGCAUACCGUUCGCACCCAUAAGGGUGCGGACGACAAAUGCUACAGUUGUGUAUUCCAAGAAGAGGACAACGAGAAAAAGAUUGGAGUCGCUCUUUCUAAAGAUCUUAUGGCUGUUGCGGGUGAGGCCUUGAAAACCAACAUCACGACUCUUGGCCCGUUAGUGUUACCCAUGUCUGAACAGCUCUUGUUUUUCGUGACACUAGUCGCGAGGAAAGUAUUCAAAAUGAAAAUUAAACCGUAUAUCCCGGAUUUCAAGCUUGCAUUUGAGCAUUUUUGCAUUCACGCGGGAGGAAGGGCGGUCCUAGACGAGUUAGAAAAGAAUCUCGAGUUAUCGGAGUGGCACAUGGAACCAUCCCGAAUGACGCUCUAUAGAUUUGGUAACACUUCAAGUAGCUCUUUGUGGUAUGAACUAGCAUACUGUGAAGCUAAAGGUAGAAUAAAGAAGGGAGACCGAUCGUGGCAAAUUGCUUUCGGGUCAGGUUUCAAGUGUAACAGUGCGGUUUGGAGAGCUCUACGGACUAUCGACCCGACAAAAGAGAAAAACCCAUGGACAAGUGAGAUCCAUGAGUUCCCGGUACAUGUUCCGAAGAUCGCCCAAAUCGACUUGUAAGAUGUGGUCUUUUGAUGUUUGCUUAAAUCAGUGAGUGGCAUGUAUGUUACUUUCUUUCUUGUAAUGUAUGGGGAUAUUGAAUUUUAAAACUAGAUUUUAACCAAUAAGAUAUUUUCUUUAUUUUUUUAUA